GCCACCGUCCCGUGCCGCCAAACGAGGGUGGCACGGGAGUGGCCAAGGCCAAGGCCGAGACCGAGGCCAGGGCCGUUGCUUCCGCCACCGCCGUCGAUGCGAAUGGUACGCACGAGACCGACCUGGCCGCCGCCGUCGCAACCUCCGUCAACAUCCGUAGUUCCCCCAAUGGCUACUGGAUUGCGGAGGAUGGCGAUAGCUACAAUCUGGUCGCGUUCGAUCAAACGAACGGUGCGUGGCCGAUCGGGCAACCGCUUCCGUUGCCCAAGUGGUCCAACCGUUCUGCGUCGCCGUACGUGGUCGAGAAGCUGUGGCAGUAUGAGGAGAUGAUCGGACUGAUCGAAACCAAGCUGCAGCGCAUGCUGGAGGAAACGCACUACAAUACGGCCAACAAUUUUGUGGACUUUUAUCGGACCUACCGUGCUGCAGCAGCUGCGGCCCCUUCCCGGGGUCUGCGCGGUGGCGAAGAUUUAAAGACCCACUUCCACAAGUACACCAUCCCGAUCAACCGUCGGCAUCACAUGUGUGUCAGUUUGGGAAUGGAAAUUGUUUCCAGGAUUGCGGAACACUAUCCGGACAUUGGACGUCUGCUGUAUCUGGUAUCGUGCGAAGAGGCCUUGGACGAAUCGGUCUCGUACAUCGAGCACUGCGAAGAGAAUGGCAUCGAGCUGGCAGGGUCAAGCCUGGAGAAGGAACAUGCACUCGUCGCGAUGAAGAUCUUGGUCGGUGGUCGCGAGGGUGUACUGAUCCUGGACCCGGGUUACCACGUUGCACGCGCAGUAACCGUGAUGAAGGAUCAAAAGUAUCCGCAUACCGGUUGGUUCACGCAGUCGGACGAACCACACUGUAAGCGUGAAUACAGUUACGCCUUCCAUGAGCUGAACGAUGGCUACAUCACCUGGACGGAACGGAUGAUACGUGGUGCCAAGCAGCAGUACGAACAGUCGUUGGUGUACAUUGGCCGCCCGUACCGUACUGCAAUCGAUGUUACCGUACGACGAAAUCUGGUGUACAACUUCCGCUCGUUACUGUCACGUGAUGCCAAGGGACGUGUGUGCGCCGGACUGUACUUCCCGGUUGUGCCGAAUCCGCUCGAUGCACAGGUUACUCUGUUCUACGAUGGACCGCUCGAGAACCAGGUGAAGCAGAAGUUUAAAUUCUCGGUCUUCAAGGACCCGGAAAUGAUUCCCGAUCCAGUGUUACGCCAUCUGGACAAUUUGGCCCCUCAGCUGCGUAUGGAGCUUGGCGAGCUGGUCGAUCUGAUGGUUGAUCUGGCGGCAUCGAUCCACGACGUCGACUUCGUGCGACAGGUGCUGGAGAUCAACAACGACAUUAACGAACUGUCGGCCGAUAAUUAGAUCCAUUCUAUCUUACUACAUUCUUUGCACGCAUAAUCUUCUGUGCACAUUACACUACUAUGGAUACACGUAUCAUACUGUAUUGGCCACUCCGAUAUCGUGCUCGAUCGAUCUUCUAUGGAUCGUGGGUGAAACUGGGCGGCGGUAGACGACCAGCGCAAAAAGGAUCGAGUCGAGUUGUAGCUGUAGCCACUGAAACACCAGUUCAGCCACUUUUAACACACCGUUUUCUACCUGAUUAAUUGUUCGUGUAUUUUAAAUUAAUAGUUAUUGUGACAGUACACCCAAUCUUAGGCUUUCCAUAUUUUAGUACUAGACACUUGCAGGACGAAGAGAAGAGGGAGAAAGUGUUCACUAUUGUUUCCACGUUGGCUCGCACUCGAUCCUGCCGGACAAUCGUCACCGGUCCCCGAUCCCUUAUUUAGUAGAGUUUCAAUCUUAUUCGGACUAUUUAACCAUUUUUUCCAAUAAAAAUGUAUCUACCUAACAGCAGCUUGACAAAUAAAGCCCUGGAAAAUGUACCAAGAA